AUGUCGCUGGCGCCAGCUGCCACCAAGGACGGCUUCGCCUUCGCGGGCGACCUCUUCGCCGAGGCGAGCGGCCACAACCGGCAUCGGCGCGCCACGGCCGCGGAGCUCAAGGACCACUUCAAGAACGGGUCGGACAAGGACAGACCCGCGCACUGGUUCGAGGCGCAGCUCACCCACUACGGCCUGCCUCCGUCCAAGACAAAGGCCGUCGCGCGCAUGCGCCUGUACGACGCCGUCAACGCGGGCAAGAUGACGGUCCCGGCGCACAUCCAGAAGCUCGAGGCCGACCUGAAGAAGGAGUGGACCAAGCGGGAGCGCGAGGCCAAGAAGGUGCUCAAGGAAGGGUCUUCUUCGACGUCGACGGCUUUGACGGCUGCUUCGACAGCGCAGGUGGCCAGGGGCACGAAGCGCAAGGCCGAGUCCUCGAGUGUCAAUUUCAACCUCAGUGUUGGCGGUCUCAGUGUGUCCCUCUCGGCCAGCCAUUCAUCGUCGUCUAGCCAGACGGCGAAGAAGGCAAAGACGAUCAAGACGGCUACGACUACGACCAAAGCAGCUAAGGAGACUGCCAAGCCGAAGACUACCACCAAAUCGGCCAGUUCGACUUCAUCUUCAGCCAAAACGACCAAAGUCACCUCCACGCCGAAGACGACCAAGGCCGCUGUUCCGAAGGGUACUACUUCCAGCGCGGCUAAGCCCAAGGUAUCUACAUCAGUCACGAAAUAUAAGGCCGCUUCAGCAAAGAAAGCAGCUGUUGCAGUACCCUCUCCAUCUGUUUCCACGGUCAAGAAGCAGACAGCUCGCCGCGGUGGACACACUCAGGGGCCCUGUCGAGCCGGCAGUGCCUCAAAAGCAGCCCCGAGCCCCAAGGCCCCUCGGACCAAGCAGACCGCCCGUCGGAGCGGCGCCUUCGCCGCCCAAGGAGGCCGGGCACCUGCCCAACCGCAGUCCAGCAGUAGCAACGGAUAUGAUGAGCCACCGCCUCCGUAUACAGAGUACGCCGACGGCGGCUACAUCAGCUCCGACAACGACAACGGCUAUCCUCAGGCCCGAUCCAGCGGGACUAGCAGUUCCGACUACGACCACGGCUACCCUCAGUCCCGCUCCAGCAGUAAUAUCUCUUCCGAUAACGAUAGCCACAACGACCGUGACCUGCGCCCCCUCUGUCUCCUAAACGGACGCUACAACCUCGUCUCCAAAGACGUCUCUUCGCGGUACGCCGACGACUUCAGCCUCAUCCUGACGCUGCACGGCAGCGAGCUAUGGGGCAAGUUCGACCUAGGCGUCCUCCGCGGGAUCCUGCGGCUCGAUCGCGGCCGCCCCUACGAGUCGUCGCGCACGUCGCUCGACUUCACGUGGCGCGGGCAGGAAGAAGAAAAAGAAGGCGGUCAGAUGUUUUAUGGUGGUGGGAACCGCGGCUGGAUCAGGUUCCUGGGCGACGGGCGCGUGAAGGGCGAGUUCGAUCACAUGAGGCUGGGGUUCGGGGGCGACAGAGUGCGUGCGCAGGGCACGCGCAGCGAGGUCGACGCUGUGGCCAUGUAUGACGAGUGGGACGGGUACAGCUAG